AUGCACAAAAUAAAAAAUCGGUAGAUCAUGCACAGAUGUGGGUAGAAGAAAAAAAAACGAGAAAUAAUGAUGGGGGGAUACCGUUAAAGAAAAUUCCUUUUGUAAUUGUUGUAAUUGUCAGUCCAUAGUCGGAAUGCCAAACUUUUUUAGUUAUUAACGAGCUUAUCUAGAUACAAUCCAUUAAUGGCCUAUUAUGCCAAAAUCAAGGUACUAAGUAAAAAUAAAAUGCAUUUUUUAAAACUCGUUGUUAGCACGAAUAUUGUAACAGAUACAUAUAUAAUAAAGUUAGAUUAUAAAUUAUCUUGUUUAUUUCAGUUUCAUGCACACUAUUCACAUCAGAUAUACGUAGAAUUAUGUACAUCAACGGAAUAUUAGAGAAAAUGAAACAAUAAACAUGUUCAGAGAAAGCAAUGUGCAAAAAAAGGAUUGAAUCUCUCUCAUUGUGGAAAAGGGUCCAGUAUAAUUUUAACAAGUUAGAAACUCCACAAUUAUUUUUUUAGAUGAAUAAUCAGCUUUUUUUCAAUUAAUCCUCUACAUAGAAAUAUCCUAUGUAAUGGUUUAAUAUUGAAAAAACACAUUUUGUUUUGUUUUCAACUAGUUAAACUGGACAAAGUUAUUUACUCAUCCCAGUUUAUCUGAGAUAAUAUGAGAUUGAGUGCUUAUGGUUACAACAGAGUCCUAAUAUAUAUAGUAUGUCGAAAAUAUGAAUUAGAAGGCGAGAACUAGUUAUUAGAUUGAGUGUAUUUGUUUUUUCGUGCACGAUAUUUCUUCUUGCAUGAGAAUGUAGUAAUUAAAUAAUGAUAACAUGUUAGUAGAGUCUGCCGGCGUGACAUUUUUGACACCCUGUUGAUUGAUAUGUGUUUUGUACAAGUGAUAUUUUUUUAUUGCUUGUCCUCUGAUUCUAUAGGAUAGGAAAAUUAUACUUACUGUUUCUUUAAAAAUAUGAAAUUAUGUAUUAAUAUUCAUCUGUUUAUUGAAAUAUUUGAUAUAUAUUGUUUCUAAACAAAAAUUGAUCUAAUUUCUUCGUAGGGUUCAACAGUUGAAUCCGCCAUUCGAAAAAGCAAUGAUCCUGAAAUAAAAUGGUCAGCACAAGGCAUGAUGCGUUUAACACCUGAAGCAAUGAAGCGUUUAUUUCAACCAACUGUUGAUAAAAUUAAAAGUUCUGUUGGAGAAGUAUUGAAUAGUCCAAAUGUACGAGGUAUACAGUAUCUUUUUCUUGUGGGCGGCUUUGCAGAGUCACCAAUUUUACAACAUGAGAUUAGAAGAUCAUUUUCAUCUAUUCUUAAAAGAGCAGUAUUAUUUGGUUUGGAUCCGACUAUUGUCAACGUCCGUCGUUCUCGUUUAACAUAUGGUGUAUCUGUUUUAAAUCGAUUUAUUGAUGGUUUUCAUCCAUCUGAAAAGAAAAUAGUUAAAGAUGAUAUUGAAUGGUGUGCCGAUAUAUUUGAUAAAUUUGUACUUGUUGAUCAAUCAAUCGGUUUGGGUGAUACAGUAGUUCGAAAAUAUACGCCGGCACGAUAUAAUCAAGCUCAAUGUAUAAUUAGUUUUUAUUGUUCAGAAAGUGAUAAACCUACAUAUGUUACGGAUCCGGGUGUAAGAAAAAUUGGAACACUUGUUUUAGAUAUGUUGUUAUAUGAUGAUAAAUUAAGUGGAGGUAAUAUAACUACUCAACGUCGACGAGAAGUUCAAACACGAAUGGUAUUUGGUGAUACGGAAAUAAAAGUGAGCGCAUUAGAUAUCACAACUGGAAAAUGUGUUCGUGCAACAAUCGAUUUUUUGAACAAAUAG